AUGUCUGAACCAACAGUACAUCCCGUUUUUGAGCCAGCAACAGGUACCUUCCAAUAUAUUGUCGGCGACCCUUCAACCAAAGCGGCCGUUGUUAUUGACCCCGUCCUGGACUUCGAAUCUGGCAGCUCCAGCAUCAAAACAGCUUCAGCCGAUGCCUUACUUUCCCUGAUCACGGCAAAGGGAUAUGACGUACGAUAUAUCCUUGAAACCCACGCUCACGCCGACCACUUGAGCGCUGCAUCGUAUCUCCAAGCACAGCUGGGCAAGACUGGCACACGACCAGAGAUUGGAAUCGGGCAGCGCAUUGUGCAAGUCCAAAAGCUCUUUGGCAAACGCUACGGUGUCCCAGCAACACAGUAUGAACUCGUCUUCGACCGUCUUUUCUCUGAUGACGAGAUCUUCAAUGCAGGCAACCUGCAGAUCAAAGCCAUCCAUCUUCCUGGCCAUACACCAGACCACAUGGGCUACUGCAUCGGCCGCAACGUCUUCUGCGGCGACUCGCUGUUCCACAGCGAUAUAGGAACCGCUCGCACCGACUUUCCCGGUGGCAGUGCACACCAGCUCUGGGAGUCGAGUCAGAAGCUGCUGGCUUUCCCCGGCGAGACAAGGAUCUGGACGGGCCAUGAUUAUCCGCCCGAGGAUAGGAAGAUGCCCAUGCCGUUCAUGACCGUGGAUCAACAUAAGGAGAGGAACAAACAUGUUAUGACUGGCAGAUCGAGAGAGGAAUUUGUCACAAUGAGGCGCCAAAGAGAUGCUGCACUGGGAGCGCCAAGGUUGUUACAUCAGAGCUUGCAGAUCAAUGUUAGGGGUGGGAGAUUGCCUGAGGUGGAUGAGAGCGGACAAAGGAUGGUGAUGGUGCCAUUGAAACUGAGUGGUGCGGAGGCAUGGUAG